AGCUGAAAUGAAAGAGCUUUGUCAUCUUCCCCUCCUCGUUGUUAUUUUCAUUGUACAACACUGGCUUUGGCAUAUUUAAGCGCAGGUGCAGCCGAGUUCACGUUGUAGAAAACGUAUUUCCUUUUUGAACUUAUUUUUUAUUGGAAGAUUCAGGAUGUCAAGUAAUUUUAAUUUGCGGUCCAAGGUGCUAAUGCAGCCAUUGGUGCUUUUCCAAAUUAUCGACGCCUAUGAGCGCCGCCCAAAGGAUGCCAAUCAGGUAAUGGGAACUUUGCUGGGUCGCAACUACGGCAAGGAGGGCUUUGUCGAGAUCACCAAUUGCUUCACUGUGCUGCACAAGGAGCAUCCGGACAGUGGCCGCAUCGAUCUGGACCUUUCGUAUGCCACCGACAUCCUGGAGCUUAAUAUGCUGACCUAUCCGCAAGAGCGUGUGCUGGGAUGGUUUUCCACGGGAAAAUCCGUAUCCCGAUCCGCGAUGCAGCUGCACGAAUAUUAUUCCAGGGAGUGUGGCAAAGGGCAGCCGUUGCACUUGCUCGUGGAUGCAACCCUGAAGAGCCAGCGACUUUCGACGCGACUGUACUGCGCUGUGGAGAUGGGAGUACCCGGCGGCACCAAGGGCCUGAUGUUCUCGAUGGUGCCCCUGGAGAUGACCAGCGGGAAUGCCGAAACGGUGGCCCUGCGUUUGAUGGAGAAGCAUUCGAUGCAGCCAUCAACGAAGCAGGUGGGACGCAUUCUGCCGGAAUUGGUUCAAGUGGUGGAUGCCACUAGGGACAUUCAACAACGUCUCGACCUGGUUCUGCGCUACAUCAACGAUGUCUUGGCUAGAAAACGAAAACCGGACAACGUGGUGGGACGAGCUCUACACGACGCACUUACUUCGGUGCCACUGGUGGAUUCGGAGAACUUCCGUCUGAUGUUCAAUGGCAACUUGCGGGACAUGCUCAUGUCCAUCACACUCUCCAUGAUGAUAAAGACCCAGCUGCAGAUCAGUGAGAAGCUGUCCAGCAUGCACGAUCACUAGAUAUCAGCAAUCCAAGAUGACUCUUGGCAAAUAAAACGCCGCUUUUACGGGGAAAUCCCGGACUGAAGCUUUCAUCUCAACUUGUCAAUUUUAUUUUUGGGGUGCAUGUACUACAACUGUAUUUUAAAGGUCUAGGUUUAUUAAUUUAAUAUUAAUAAAAUCUAAUCAGUAAACCGAAGUUUACAUAUAUACCUUGGCAGUUAUAAGAAAAAUUGAUUAGUCAAUACACAUAUUCUAGUUCCAGUUGCUAUUUAUAGAAUUGUAUAACACUCCUUAAAUUUUUUUU